AUGCCCAACGAACACCACAACCCGACAGAUAGAUGCUCGACGGGGGUCCCAUCCAUACAUCAAUCAGUCAAUCCCCCGGAUGGGAGGCAAAUUGGCGCUGGCAGCAGGCCCGAACCACUUCCCGUCGCCAACCCUCGGCAUGCAGGUGCUAGCGACUUGCUCAGGCUAGGGGCCAAAGGUCAGGCGCGAGCAUCCCAACAACGGCCAUUAUUGCUUACGGCGGUAUUUGCUGUGUAUCGUCGCCUGGACUGGUCGCAGGAACCCCACUCACCCGCUGGCCUUACGGGUGAAAACAUCGUCGACUCUUCCGCUUGGUUAGCUCGCCAAUCGUUGCCCCGAGGCUUGGUGGGCCCUUUCCGCCCAUUUCUCCGGUUGACUGGAGACUGGAUAUGCGGAGGGGGCCAAGGCCAAGAUCUUGUCGGCAUCGACGGAAUUGUUGAGGAUAAGUUCAAUAACUAA